ACCUCGAGCGUUUGUGCGCCGCGGCUCGCGCUCUGAGGAGGCGGCGCUGUGCUGUGGUGCGGACCUCGGGGCGGCGUUGUCCGCGCGGCCAGAUGCCCAGGAGGCUGAGGCAGGAGCAUGGCAAGUUUUCGGCCAACCUGGACAACUUAACAGGACCCUGUCCAAAAAAACAAAACAAGCCAGAAUCUCCAUAAUGAAUGGAUCCAGUGUAGCAGGUACAUCACCCAGUGUGAAAUGCAAAGAGGACCAAGGGUUAAAUGGACAUGAGGAAAAGGAAAACCCAUUUGCAGAAUAUAUGUGGAUGGAGAAUGAAGAGGAUUUCAAUAGACAGGUGGAAGAAGAGCUGCAGGAGCAAGACUUCUUGGACCGCUGCUUCCAGGAGAUGCUGGAUGAAGAGGACCAGGACUGGUUCAUUCCAGCACGAGACUUGCCUCAGGCUGUGGGACACUUACAGCAGCAGUUAAAUGGACUAUCAGUCAGCGACAGUCAUGAAUCUGAGGACAUUUUGAGCAAAAGUAACCUGAAUCCAGAUGCCAAGGAGUUUAUUCCAGGAGUGAAGUACUGAGCUGUUGGAAGCUUCCAGAAGGACUUGUUUUGUCCCCGUACCUGGGGCCAGCAAUGCACAAAAAGGCAGAGCUGAAGGGGGGUGGCAAGGGUGUGCAGCCAGGGCGGGUUGGGUUGGGAAGGUGGUUUAACUGGAUACUGUGACUGAGUAACGAAUGUGCGAGGUACUACUCUCCAAGCCCUCUGAGCAUGGCUCUUCUGUUCUGCUGACUUGUUCAGAGCAGUUUCCCAUUUUAUUUUAUUUUUUGAAGAGCUCUUUGGAGUUAAGGAACUGCAGUUGUUUUUUCCCUCGUUAGAAAUGUUCUGUCUGCAUUCAAGCAAAGUAAGCUGACCAAGGAAAGCAGUAUUUAAGAACUAUCUUCCCUGCUGUGUAUCUACCAGGAGCAGGGCAUUUGGAGAGCGUAAGGAAUUUACAGCUGAGUGGUAAGAGGGAAAAAUAGAACAGGAGAUAUAAACCAGUCGCAACACUCAGCUUCCUCACCCCUGACAUUUCCAUGAAGAGGUGAACUAAGUGGCAGAUAGAGCCCUUGUCUCCUGGCCUGGGCUCUGCUCUACUAAAGAAAACAUAGAUUGGAAAGUUCUUAGGUGAAUGUAACUGGAUGGUUGCAAGUUGUACAUCAGAAGAGCAGGGCUUGAUGGUGGCUGUCAUUUAGUUGCUGCUGGCCUGGUGUUGAGCAUAGGUGUGUAGCUGCUGUCGCUCAUUGUUUACAGGUAAAAGUCACAUAGAGUUGCUUUGCCUUCAUGAUUCUCAUGCGGGCUACUCCUGGCCACUUUCCCUCACAGCUCUAAAAGACACUAUUAGCCAAAGUCUGAGACGGACCUUUUGUUGGGCUAGUUGCAUCUUGAGUCUUCUUGGACAGUUUUGGUUUUGUUUUCCUUAGUCCCAUCAAUAUCUGACUCUUACAGUGUCUUAAUUCCCUCAAAGAUUUCUGUAUUUUUUUUUCAA